AGCAAGGGCGCAGAUUCAGAAUCCCAAUCCCAAUUCCGAAAUAGCAAUCAAUCUCCACCGCCAUCGCCCUUAAUUGUUACUCAUACAUAGAUGCGCUCUCACUCCUCUCUCCCUCUCUCCCCCUUCUUCGGCGCAACCUAGGCGGCUAAGUCCUUACAGGUGUGCAUGCAGUUUGUUGGGGUUGUUAGAGUUGGGAGGCUUUUUUAAUGUGGACAUGGCUUCCCCUAUCUCCAGCAGUAGUGAGAUAAGAAGUAUUUCAAGACAGAGUCCCAGGCUUCAGGUUCAUGAGCCUAGAUCUGGAAUUACAGAAAAUGGAUGUACGAAGUCCCGGUUUGCUGGUCCUGAAAAUGUAAGCAUACUGGCUGAGCAGGAUGAAACUGAUUUGUCAAAAUUGGGAAAGGUGGAUGUAAACAAUGAUGUAGUGAAGAGUCCUAAUAAAUCUCCACGCAAGCGAAAGAAAGUUUCUUCUCAGCUGAAUGGCAAAAGAUAUCCGUUAAGGUCUUCAUUAGGUACUGGCAGAGUUCUUCGGUCAAUGUCAAACACAACAAAUAACACCCAACCUGGGCAAGGUAAUGCCCCAGUUAAUACAGUAAAAAAAGGACGGAAAAAAAGAAAAGGAGUAAAGGGAGCUUCAAAUGAUGAAUUUUCAGUGAUCAGGAGACGAGUAAGAUACUUGCUGACGCGAAUGAACUAUGAGCAGAACCUGAUUGAUGCAUAUGCUGGUGAAGGGUGGAAAGGCCAAAGUGCAGAGAAAUUAAAACCUGAGAAGGAGCUUGAAAGAGCAAAAUCUGAAAUUUUGCGUUGUAAAUUUAAAAUACGGGAACUAUUUCGACACCUUGUUUCUUUAUCUUCUGAGGGAAAGUUCGAGGAAUCUUUAUUCGAUUCAGAAGGGCAAAUUGAUAGUGAAGAUAUAUUUUGCGCUAAAUGUGCUUCAAAGGACGUGUCUCUUGAUAAUGAUAUCAUACUUUGUGAUGGCAUAUGCGAUAGAGGCUUCCAUCAGAAGUGUUUGAAUCCUCCUCUGUUGAGUGAAGAUAUUCCUCUUGGGGAUGAAGGGUGGUUAUGUCCAGCCUGUGAUUGCAAGGUAGACUGCAUUGAAUUACUGAAUGAAUUUCAAGGAAGUAAUAUAUCUAUUAAGGACACAUGGGAGAAAGUUUUUCCCGAGGCAGUUGCUAUCACUAAUGGAGAUAAGCAGCAUGAUGACAUGCCAUCGGAUGAUUCAGAGGAUUAUGAUUAUGAUCCUGAUGGUCUAGAAGCUGAUGUAAAUGAUCACAAGGGGGAAUCAGGUCCUGGAGAAUCAGAGUCUGAAGAAUCAGAGUCUGGAGAAUCAGAAUCUGAAGGCUCGGAUUUUAGUGCUGCCUCUGAGGAUUCAGAUGCUCCAAACAGUAAUAAGAAAAAUGAAAAUUUUGGAUUACCUUCUUCAGAUGAUUCAGAAGAUGAUGAUUUUGACCCUGAUGCUCCAGAUGCCAGUAAAAACAUCUCAAAAGAUUCGAGUUCAGAUGAAUCAGACUUUACGUCAGAUUCCGACGAGUUCUGUAAUGAACUCAGUAAAAAUUUAGGUAUUAAUGAAGAUUCUGCGACCUCUUUGUCAAAUCUGAAGCCUCUUGCCCAAUCUGGUGAAGGAACAUACUCUGGAAAUAUGGAUAGUUCUGAGCUUCUUUCUCCAUCGGAACCAGUCUUGGGCCAAGAAAAUGAGGUCCCAUCAGGAAAAAGGCAGCUUGAAAGAUUAGAUUACAAAAAGUUGUAUGAUGAAGCAUAUGGGAAAUCUUCAGAUUCAAGCAGUGAUGAAGAAUGGUCUGACUCAUCCAACAUGAAUACGUCAAACAAUAGGACGAAGUAUGCCAGUAGAAAAGAAUCCGAUGGAUUGUUAAAGAUGAAUAUGCGUACUUCUAAGAACUGCAAAAAGUCCAACAAUGUUGCGGGCAUGAGUGCAGAGGCUGUUGCAAUUAAGAAAUCAGGUGUAGAAACUCCACAGGUUUCUCAAGGUCAUGAAACUACUCCCCGAAAAACACAUCAAGCACUGGACACUCUGGAGCAUGAAGUAGCUGAGCAGAAACAUGGUCGUCAUUCUGAUUCUAACGCGAACAAGUCUUCUGCAUCUUCAAAUAGAAGGCUUGGUGAAGUAGCCACACAGAAACUUUAUGAAUGUUUUCAAGAAAACCAGUACCCUACUCGACAGAAGAAAGAAAGUCUUUCAGAGGAACUUGGUCUCACAUAUAGACAGGUAGAUAAAUGGUUUACAAAUUCUCGUCACAGCUUUCGUGUUUCUUCCAAGGAUGCGCCUCCCAAUGGUGAGGCCUCCUUGCCAGAUAAAGAUAGUACUGCAAUAAGUAGAAAUAUUAGUGACAUUACCAAGACCGAUGAAAGUACUGGUCAGACCUCUACAAGCGAAGGGGUUAAGAGGAAAAAAUCAGAAGAGGCUAAACAAAUAAAGGUUGGAGCUGAACAUGUCAAUGAAGGCAACACGACUUUCAUCGGUCAGAGCUCUAGGAGCAAAGGGUUUAAGAGGAAAAAUUCAGAAGAGGCUAAACAAAUAAAGGUAGGGGCUGAACGUGGCAAGGAGCAUGAAGGUAACAUGAGUGAAGCGGAUAAGGAUAGGCAGAAGGCUAUAGCUCGCGAAUUGAGGAAGAUGAAACAAAAGCGAUAGGCCGAGAGUUGUUCAGCAGUUUAACUUUUUCCAAGAGUUAAGGAUGAAGAGGAACAGAGUUGACUAGUCCUAUAUUCACUGUAGACUUGGAGAACUUGUUUUUGUUGUUUACAAAUGCAUUUUUUUCCCUUGACAAUUUGUAGCAUUUGGAGCUCCCUAUAACUGUUCUCUUAAUAGAAAUGUUAUUUGAUCGUUGACCCCCAUUA